AUGACUAUUAAAAUGGCAUGCUAUUUUGGAUGGAUAGCGCUCGACUUGCGCGAAAUUUUCUAUCCAAUACUUAUGAAUAAUUAUGUCAAAUCUAAAAUAAUGACCAUCGUCCUUCACACGUUCUGCUUGUCUAAUAAUAUUUUUAAAUUCCUGCUCAUUAAUUAUAUAUGCGAAACAGUCACCAUCAAGGCACGUGCAACAGCAGAUUUAUUAAAUAGAUUAUCAUAUGUCACUUAUGAUAUUGAAAUUCGUGAAAUCAUUUCACAAUUUUCAUUACGAAUAGUUCAUACCCCUCUUAGAUUCAAUGGAAUUGGACUUUUCCAAUUUGGUUUUAAAUUUCUUCAUGGGUUUAUCACGUCUGUUGCAACUGUUUUAGUUAUAAUACUACAGGCACAAACGAAUAAGCAAAAAUUUGUAUGA